AUGCCUUUCUCUACACAGUCCGCCUCCUCAGUCCCUUCCCGUGCCAAACUUCGCCAGAAAGCGUCCUAUUCUCCCGGCACUAACUCCUCUAACAUCCCUGUUCAGCAAUCUUCUUCUACCGCAGUCCCUCAGUAUAGCGCCAACCACCACGACAUCUACUCUCAGUUCCUCCGAAGAUACAGGACCGAGCCAGAAGAUGAUCCCCGAAGUGAUCCGGACAGUCACUAUUUCCAGAGAGGUCUUGGGCAACUGGUCGAUACAGGGGAGAGCGAUGACGAGGAGCUAGGCCGCGUGUCCCUCGUCGGCAAUACCGAAUCGCACGACAGGUUGUCUCUCGUUCUCGACGCCGAGCCCAUAGAGCCAGAAACUCUCGAGGACAGGGAACGGCUAGAGUGGCAGAGUAUGCUUGCUUCAGUCCUCGAUGGCGACGUUCUAAAGUCGGAGAAGACUCGAAUAGCUACCGCUCUCGCCUCCUCCGGAGAAGGGCAGGACAAUACUGGAGUCAACAUCUGGCUCGGGAUUCGCGCGAAAAUGACGGGUUCGUCGGAGGAGGAAGAGAGGAAGAAGAUCGACGAUAGGAGGUUGCGCACCGUCGACCAUGUUAUCAAUGAAGUAUUGAGCUUUCGGGCGGUUGAUGUCGACAAGGCCGUCGACCCAGGUUUGGCAGCUCUCGAGCAGGUCAACGAAGUUAUUCGUCACCUCGACAUUGUGCAGUCACUCUAUCCGAGCCUGAAAGCACUCCAGAUAGACAAACCACUCGUCGGCGAGGAAGAUUUUCAGCUGUACCGCGACAGUAUCAUCACAUGGUCCACCGUCUUCACGUCUCUCCGUUACCAGAUCAAUAUUCUUCGCAAAUGGACUGGUAGCGAGACACUCGACGUCAGUGCCCCUGGCACCAGCAACGACCAAGUAAUUCGACCUCGAGAUCCUCUCAAACCUCAUGGAGAGGGAGGUGCUCUCGCUGAUGAGACUACUUUCCUCGAACGCGUGCUUAAAGAGGAGUCUAUCCAGAUGACGUUUGCGAAGGGCUUCAUGACCACCGUCCACGCCCUCAUUGGCACUGCCCGUGACGCACAGGUUAACCUUGCCCCCAUGUUCCGAAAGCUAAACCUCCCCACUUUCGAGCGCGAGCUCGUCCCCCUCAUAUCCUUCCCAACUCAACUCGCCCAAGCUAGCCUCCGCGUUCGCCUUGAUUACGCUCUCAAACUGAAAGAUCCAGAAGUCCUUAUUAUUGACCAAAUGACGGAUGAUCUGAAACUCAACAUCGGAAUCGCCUGCACUCUCAAGCGUCAAUACGAAGCGUUCCUGUCUCCGGAUCCAGGAGGCAACUGGAAUCUUCCUCACUGUAUCAGCGCGGACUACGACUUUAUUGUCCUCGAAGCUCUGGCCUUCCUGUUCAAACUCAUCCACUGGAAGCUGAAGAGUGGAGCGAAGGAUAUCUACUUCAAAGAGACGGAUGUCAUCGAAGCCCAGUGGGCCACAUUUAACGAUGUCGCGCUGACAGCGGGAGGCGGCGCUUCGAUGGUGGCGGAGCAACUCUGUGCUCUCACCAACAAGCUCAUGGUUCGCGUCACGAACUUCUUCGAGACUCAAGUCCGCGUACCAACUCUGAAUAAAGGCGAACGACGAAGACAGGAGCAGUUGAAUAGUCAAGGUGUCCGCACGCAAAUGAACGGAGACCAAAUGGUAAAUUGGUACAGCAAAAUCCUAGAUAGCGUGCGUCUACGCUACCGAAAGCUGCAACGCUUUGUUCGGACGAUCAACCAGAGAUUCAGCAAUUCCGCGGAAUAUACCCUCGAUGGUGUCUCCAUGGAGCUCUUCAUCGCAGCCCUUGUCGAGACCGACCACUUCCUUAUCUACACUCAGACGUACGAGGAAGAGGGCACGUACAUCAUCGCAUCGCCACCCUUGCGUGAGCAUCCCGACUAUAUCCGUCGCAUACUCGUCGAAGCAUUCCACGUCACCGAGGUGCUCGAAGAUGACGGCCGCAAAGUGGUUGAAACUUACGAUCUCAAUGCCGAAUAUCCCGACGAGGCUGGCUAUCUCCUCGUGCUCUCACCGCGCGAGCGCUUCCUAUGGAAUGGCCUCGUCUUCAUGCUCGAGAUGCCGAAGAUCGACCUCGAGCUGAGGGAUAAUCGAGUUCGACUGAUCGCUGACGGAGCAUAUCAUAGGCUUCAUCUGGCGAAACAACAGUUUGCGGAGGCCUUCAUGCCGUACGACGAGGAAGAUCUAGACAUCGAGAUGGACAUCAAGCCGCUGACUUGCAUCGCAGACCAACAAGCCCACCUUCCCAGUGUCAAUCGCGAAUUGCGCAAGAUCGGUCGCGCCACGAACCGACUCGCCGAAUCCAUCGUCGAUUCCGUCCACUAUGUCCGCACGUCGCUGCGGGACUCACCCAAGCGACAAGACCUGCUCGAAAAUUGGUACCUCUUCUCGUCAGAGCACGGUCUACACGUUCAGAAAUACAUGGACCGGUCCACGCUGCUCAGGUUCAAUCGACUGCUGAUCAAGCUCGCGAUCUCAUGGGUUUCCUUCAUCUGCGACGAUUGCGACCCGAACGACAGGAAGACGUUCAGGUGGGCGGUCAACGCGCUCGAGUUCGCCCUCCACCGUACCCGGCGAAACAACAUCCUUCAGCUCCCAGACGAUCAAUUCGAGAUGUUGCGUCAGAAGGUCGCCAGUUGUAUGACACUCCUCAUCAGCCACUUCGACAUCUUAGGCGCACGGUCGAUAUCCGAAGCGAAACGGGAGAAGGAACAGCGACAGGGCGAAUUGGCUCGUAAAGCGCCCGCUCUGGAGACGUUCAGCGCGGACGACGAGUUGACCGGGACAGUGUUGGACCACUCGGAAGAGACCGCGGUCUCGACAGGCUACCUCGAUCCGACGGUUAGACAUUACUGGGAGAAGACAACGAGGGCGUUGGCGGAGUUGGAGAACGAGAGGGCGUGCGUGACGUCCGAGCAGAGGAUGUCCGGCCGGGUGCUCGAUAACGAGAAGUUGGAGGAUCGGUCGCUGGUGUUCUUGGCUUCGUUCAGCUCGAAUAUCUCCAUCCGCUGGCAGCAGGGCAAGUUCAUCGGCGCUGGCGCGUUCGGGUCCGUCUACCAAGCCGUGAACCUGGAUUCGGGAACGCUCAUGGCGGUGAAGGAGAUCAGGUUCCAGGAGAUGUCCGGUUUGCCGAGUUUGUAUUUGCAGAUCAAGGACGAGCUGGCGGUCAUGGAGAUGCUGCAUCAUCCGAAUGUGGUGGAGUAUUAUGGGAUCGAGGUACACCGCGAUAAGGUAUACAUCUUUGAGGAGUACUGUAAGGGUGGGAGCUUGGCGGCGUUGCUUGAGCAUGGACGGAUCGAGGACGAGCGGAUCAUACAGGUGUACACGAUGCAGCUGCUCGAGGGUCUAGGAUAUUUGCACUCCAGAGGUAUCAUUCACAGAGACAUCAAGCCAGACAACAUCCUUCUCGACCACCUCGGCGUCAUCAAGUACGUUGAUUUCGGUGCUGCCAAGAUCCUAGCGAAGAACCAGCGCUCCGUCGUCCAACGUUCCCGACGCCCGGCCGGUCCCGAUGGCGGACUCGGUGGCGGACUGGGCAUGAACAACAGUCUGACUGGGACACCGAUGUACAUGUCCCCGGAAGUCAUCAAGAACGACAUGCGGGGUCGUCAUGGAGCGAUGGAUAUCUGGUCGCUCGGCUGUGUCGUUCUGGAGUUCGCUACCGGGAAGAAACCGUGGAGUAAUCUGGAUAACGAAUGGGCCAUCAUGUUCCACAUCGGUGUCGCCACACAACAUCCACCACUGCCAGAACCUGAUCAGCUGAGCGCACUCGGCAUCGACUUCAUCCGUCAAUGUCUGACCGUCGACCCGAUGCAACGUCCUUCCGCAACAGAGCUGAUGUAUCACCCCUGGAUGCUCGAGUUUAAGGCCGCUCUGGAGGACUACGAAGAAGACGAGCUGGCGACGAGUCCGCCGACGGAGAUGCCACCGGACGAGGAGUUCGAGACGGCCACAGUGGCGAGACAGGCGGCGAUCAUCCAGGAGAAGGAGGUCGAGGCGAUCGCGGAGCUGUCGCCGAAUAUUUCGCCGAUGCAUACGCCGCAGUCGGCGGCGACGACGGAGGGGCCGUCACCGCCUAGUUCGAGCGAGAUGCAGCUUCCUCCUUAAGGUUUUUUCUGACUGUGGGCCCGUUUUUGAGGACUUUGUGUUUGUUCGUUUUGCUUUGGACUAUCUUACCCUAUCUGACCCCACCACUCACCACUCACCCCCUCCCCCUUAUCCCCCCUCCCUAUCGCUGUCUACUGUUCUUGUAUGCCCAAUUGUGUAGCUUAGCCCCAUCUCUGCUCUUCCAUCUGUCCAUCUACCCGCCUUACCCC